AUGAAAGAGAACAACGCAGAGAAGGAAAUAGCGCAAUGUAACGAGGAGCAGGAAUUUACCAGCAAAAUGGCCGAGCUGUACAAGAAGGAGGAGGACAAAAAGUACUUGGAUCUGACCGACCAGGUACGGCUACUCAUCCCGCUCAAGUACUCGAGCAUUUUUCCAGGCAAAAACGUGGUGGAGCAAAUGUUUGCGGUCACCCGUCUUCCGCACGUGCACAGCGUGGUGGGUCUUCCUGAUAUACACCUGGGGUAUGCGUUUCCUAUCGGAUCAGUGGUGGGCGCGAGCAUCGUGGUACCGGAGGGCGUUGGAAACGAUAUAAACUGCGGUGUGAGAAUGGUGAGGACGAGGAGCAACUACAGGGAUGUGGACAUGGCAGAGGUUGCCCGCCAGCUGUUCGACGCGAUUCCGAGCGGAAUAGGGGGAGACACGGUGAACACGAUUAUUGAUGAGAUUGUGAACGCGCUCAACAAAGGUGUUGCAGACACACAGAACAGGAGAGCUGCGUUCACCGAUAUGAAGCUGAUAAACGAGGUCUGCAACGAGGGAGUCGAUUUCCUGGUCAAACACGGGAUUGUCAGCGACGAGCGGGACAGGAUUGAAAGGGGCGGGCGGUUUCCAAGCGAUUCGCGGAUGCUGUCGCAGAAGGCGAAGGCUAAGGGGCUCAAGCAGCUCGGCUCACUGGGCGCAGGAAACCACUUCCUGGAGAUACAGAGGGUCGCGGAGGUGUACGACAACGAUGCAGACUUUGCGGUCGACGAGCUUGUGUUCAUGAUACACACGGGAAGCAGGGGUCUUGGCUUUGAGGUGUGUGAGAGCGCAACACAGGUGGCAGCGAGCACACGCUGCAUCACCGAGAGCGAGAUCGGGAACGAAAGCCACGACAUCCAGGCGGUCAGAAAAUCGAUUGGGCUGUGCAGCGCAAGCAUUUCGGCAUCGGGAUCAUCCGAGAAUCUCUCGUAUUUUGAGGCACACGAGUCCGAGGACUAUUUGCUGGAAAUGGGGUGCGCCGCAAACUACGCGUUCUGCAACAGAGCGAUUAUAUCCAAGAAGGUUGAGGAGGUGCUGGGGCAGUGGAACGUGAAGUGCGAGCUGGUAUACGAUGUCGGCCACAACUCGCUGAUCAGGGAGAACAUCGAUGGAAGGGAGUGUUUUGUGCACCGGAAAGGCGCAGCAAGAGCACUACCGCCAAACCAUCCCGAACUGCGGUGCAACAGGGAGAAGGGCCAGCCGAUACCGAUCGGCGGGUCGAUGGGUACAUCGUCGUAUCUGCUGUACGCACAGGACACGGCAAAGUCGUUGUUCAGUUCGCCACACGGAGCAGGUCGCAAGAUAAGCAGGCACAAGGCGCGCAAGCUUAUCACGAUGGAACAGCUGAGGCAGGUGAUGGGCGACAUAAUAUUGAUGAGCAAGAGCGAGAAGGGAGCGAUCGAGGAGGCACCGAUGGUUUACAAGGACAUCGACGAUGUUGUGGAUGCAGCGGUUGAGCUAGGACUUGUUAAAAAGGCGGUUAAGCUCGAGCCCCUUGCAGUAAUCAAAGGAUGAGCCGCGCAUCGAACAUCUCUGUGCUAUGAACUGAGUGCACGGCAGUGCGCGAAGCUGUGCUCACUGGUGUUUGAGGAAAGUUACUGGAAGGAACAGGGUGGACAUGCUCUUUGAAAAGGAAAUAGUCUUGUGCGGUGAAUGGUGAUGCACUGUUGAUCACCACGGGCAGUCAGGGCUUUGUUCUAUCCGGGAUACUGCAUGGCGAGUUCACACAAUGGGAUAAAAUUACCAAGCCCGGUGUGAUGAACAUUUCUGAUGUUGCCCGAAGUACGCCCAGUUGCUACGGUGACCGGUGCAGGACUUGUUCGAUUCCUGACUGUUUGGUGAUGGUGUUUUGCUGAGAUACCAAUA